UUUUGGUUUGAAAAAGGAAGAGAGGGAGACGGAGACGGAGAGGGAGACGGAGAAGAGGUGAAGGAAGAGGGGGCGAGUGGAGUGGAGGCAGGAAGUAUACAGUGCUGGUUGAAGUGGUGGUGGCGGCGGUGGGAUUGCUGUUAUAUGGUGCGUGAAGGAGGCAUCACGAGCUACGGGCUUCGAUGGUGACCGACGAACAGAUACUGUCUGGGCUGGAGACGCUGCUCAACCAGGCCGACUUCUCCGUGACGACCUCCGGCGACAUCCGCCAGCAACUCGAACACAAGUUGGGAGUCGACCUCUCCCACAAGCGCGCCUUCAUCCGCGAACACAUCGACCUCAUCGUCCAGUCCAAGCGCAUCCCCUUCUCUCCCCAGCAGCACCACCAGCAGCAGCAGCAGCUCCAGCAGCAGCAGCAGCUCCAGCAGCAGCAGCAGCUCCAGCGUCAGCACCAACACCAGCACCAGCGUCUGCACCAGCACCAGCACCAGCCGCAGCCGCAGCCGCAGCCGCAGCCGCAGUUCCACCACCUCCCCCACGCCCACGGCCAUGGCGGCGUCGCCGUCGGCAUCCCUUCGUAUGGCGACCUCGUCGACAUGCCGGCAUUUGAUCCCAAGGCGAAUUAUGGUUGCUCCGUCAAGGUUGAUAUCCCCCAGGGCUCCGUUGUUCCAGAGGUGUCCAAAGACAGCGCCGCUCAAGUUCAGAACAGUACUCCAACUGGAAGCAAACGUAAAGGUGGGGCCGGCGGUCUUAAUAAACUUUGUGGCGUCUCUCCUGAACUGCAGGUUAUUGUUGGUGAGCCAGCAAUGCCGCGAACCCAGAUUGUGAAGCAGUUGUGGGCCUACAUUCGGAAAAACAAUCUUCAGGAUCCCAGUAACAAGAGAAAGAUCAUAUGUAAUGAUGCAUUGAGGCUUGUGUUUGAGACAGAUUGCACUGAUAUGUUUAAGAUGAACAAACUUUUGGCGAAGCACAUCUUGCCACUUGAACCAACAAAAGAUGCUGCCUCAGAUCCUAAAAGGCUAAAAGCAACAUACUCGGACUCCCAAACUCAAGGCGAUUCACCUGGUUCAGUUCCUGUUAUUAUGUCUGAAGCACUUACUAAAUUUUUUGGCAAUGGAGAAAGGGAAUUGCCUCAACCGGAGGCUUUGAAAAGAAUUUGGAACUAUAUACAGAUGAACCACCUAGAGGAUCCAUUGAACUCGGUGAUAAUAUGUGACUAUAGGCUUCGUGAACUUUUUAAUUGUGAAAAAUUUGCUGUGGGGAACUUGCCAGAGCUGCUGUCUCACCAUUUCUUGAAGAGAUGAGAUCCGAUUGUAAAACUGUAGGAUGUUGUAUAUGAUCAGAUUUGCUGAAUGGAAUUCAAGAUGAUUCCUUGUUGAAUCAACUAACUGCUGUGCAGAAUAUCUUUUGCUUUUUCUUUUUUUUUGUAAUUUGGCCCUUUCUAUCUGCAUGAAUCAGGGAGUCGACUAAUCGCCUGCAAGAAUUUGAAGUCUAAAUUGUAUGGAGCUAUCAUUCUCCAUUAAUCUAAAAAUUUGAUUUCUAUGCAGUAGAAUGAUUUAGUAUGAAGAACGUGCCAAAGUUGGAACUACGCUAGCAGCUUUUUUCUGCUCUGAUUUGAAUGACAGACUUAUUUAAGCAGCUCUGUAAGAAAACUGUUUCCUGGCUUAACCUUAAUUCAAGCCUCUGAAUGCUAUA